AUGAAGGACAGGCCCUACUCCAUUCCAAAGGAAUCAGCCUACCGUUUGACUCCUACGACCGCAAUAUCAAAUCUCAAAACACAAUUCCUACUGUAUUUGGUUGAACGUUCUGGAGAGGGUCCAUGUGGCUUAGAUGACUAUCAAAUGAUUUGGCGAUGUGGGAAAUCGCUUACCACAGAGGGUUGUCUUUGGGCCAUCGUCAUAGUCCUUCUAUUUGCCCAGCGAAAGCCGGUGUCAUGGGCUGUCUUGUUGACAACGAUGCAAUACGUGAUUGAGGUGUCUUUGAAAGGUUUUCAUCGAAAGAGCCACACCACACAAAGCGCCAAGUGGCGAAAGGGGGGUGAUGAUGGUGGUCUGAUUCAAGUAGCUCUCCUCGCGUCCCUGUUCCAUUCAUGCAGAAUGGCGGAUCAUUACAGCGAUCUCGCAAAAUUGGUGACUCUUGUAUCAUCCACCAACGAGGUUUUUGUUUGUAUUUCUUUCAUGGUUGCAAUUUGUUUGGACCAUUCUUUGUUCACGAUACACGCUGCUAUUUUUGCUUGCACAUGGUUGUGCUUGAAGGCUCUCUCCAGAGAUCGUCAUGAUUCGUUGACGAAAGGAGAAUCAGGUGUUCUCGUCACCUUAGCAACUAUUUUGAUCUCAGAGACGGUGAUGCAGAUCAGAGGCUACGCUUCUUGCACGGGUAUCUCACAUGAGCUUGUGGCUCUUUUGGGUGGAGCAGGUUGUCUAGCAACUUGUGUAACACUUGUUAUUUGGAGGUUCCCUUGGUGGAUACGACUACAACUACAUCUUGUUGGACCACUGGUUACAAUUGAGACAGGAUUGGCUUGGCGUGGAUAUAGUCCAUGCUUCAAAGACUAUCUGCCUCGAUGCUUGGACUGGCUUGUAAGGUUUCUUGUUUCACUAGAAGGUGGCUACCCUAGGUAUUUCGGUUUGAUAUACUGGCUUGCUGUUUUCGUUGUUGCUUUUGUCCCGACAAGGCUGGUUCUUGAAACAACGGAACUGGCGGUUGUCAUUCGACGAAAAUGGUUCCAUGCGGUCGCCGUAAUUCUUUUCUCUCCUGUGACCAAAACAUUCCCUCAGCUCAUGUCCUUGAGUUAUGCAAUCGCACUAUGCGCCUUAGCUGUACUGGAGGACCUUCGUCGGGACCUCCCUGCACUUCAAUCAUUCUACCUAAGCUUUAUUGAUUCAAGGAAGGACAAUCCGGAGCUGAUUGUGUCUCACAUGUUUUUGAUUCUUGGUUGUGCAAUGCCUCUCUGGAUAUCAGAGUGGGAAGGUACUGAGUCUGUCAAACUGCUUUUGUCGCAUUGGGGGGUCUUGUGCCUGGGUAUUGGGGAUGCGGCUGGAGCAGUCGUUGGAACAUGGUACGGAAAACAUCGAUGGGGCCAGAAUCAAAGAACAAUUGAAGGGUCACUGGCAAUGUGGACCAGCAUCACAAUAGCUGGCAUUGCAUUCAUCUCUGUGGAUAAGCACUUAGCUCUUUUUGCUGCAUCGACGAUUGCAACCUUGAUGGAAGCCUUUACAUUUCAAAUGGACAACUUGGUUUUGCCAAUCAUUGGUUCUACGGUAAUACUCCUAUUGCAAAAUUGA